AUGCACGCCCCCAAGCUCCUUAUUCUUGCGUUCCUCGCAUCCACCUCCCAAGCAGCCCAGAUCAACAGACCGUCCGUCAAAGACUCCACCAUCCUUCGAUCCAUGGUUAGCUGUGCGGAAUGUCCUGAAAGGAGCUGCUACCAGUGCCGGCUGGGCUCGGAAAGGAACCUUCGCGCAAACACCGGCGGCCUAGCCUGGAUUCGCAGCCUCGUCGGGUUCCGGCUCGACCUUCCCGAGGACAUAUACCCCGACGACAUCACUAAAUGCACUGUUCAGUUUCCAGCAUUCACAAAGCUACCGGAAUCCGCAUUCAACCUGACCGUCAGUCCCGCUGUCUCAUCCGACUGGGACGAGGUCACCGUGAACGGUGACAAUGCUCCUGCCUCGACGGAUGACCUCACUGUAUACCCUGUGCCGGCGCUGACGAACCCACCUCUACUUGAUGUCACCAACGCUUGUUGGCUGGCUGGCGACGACGGACAGUUUUCGAUUUACCUAGGGGCUGAGUUUGGUUCGUACGAGAUUUGGUCAAAGGACUCGGGGAACCCGGCUGUUCUGCAUAUUUAUUAUGAUGAUUAG